CACUAAUUUGAUCUUAUUUAUGGCAGAUUUUAUCAGUGACAUAGCAAAAUGUUAGGAAGGACAAUAGUUUCAGGGACUUUUAUAUUUUGUGUCAUUGAAUGUUUUGUUUUUGAUGCAUCACCGUCAUCAACAUCAAAUAAACUACCAUUAGUUUUAACUACGUGGCCUUAUCAAGAUGCUGUUACAGCAGGAUGGAUGUCUAUAACGAGUGGCAACACAGCUAUUGACGCGGUCGAGGCGACGGGACAUUCUUGUGAAAUGUCUGCCUGCCGACACACCGUCGGAUUUGGCGGCAGUCCAGACGAAAAUGGUGAAACAACACUUGACGCAAUGAUAAUGGACGGCGUUACACAUAACGUAGGCGCAGUUGGUGGGCUUCGUAGAAUUAAACAGGCCAUAUCUGUAGCCCGAAAAGUACUUGACAACACGGAUCACACACUGUUGGUUGGGGACGCAGCAACAAAAUUUGCUGUUGACAUGGGUUUCACCGAGGAAAAUCUAACAACAUCAUAUUCUGAGCAAUUGUGGGAAUUAUGGAGAAACGCAAGCUGCCAACCAAAUUUCCGUGAAAACGUUUCUCCUGAUCCAAGAAAAUUGUGUGGUCCAUACCAUCCAAUCAAAAGUUCCGUUGCUUCGGGUGAUGAGUUUCGAGUGAUAGCCAAUGAGAAUAAUCAUGACACAAUUGGAAUUAUUGCUAUUGACGCACAAGGGACAGUCGCUUCAGGAGCGUCAACAAAUGGUCUAACAUACAAAGUUCCUGGGCGUGUAGGUGAUACACCAAUUGCCGGAGCUGGUUCAUACGCCGACACCGACAUAGGGGCAGCAGCAUGUACAGGGAAUGGUGACAUUAUGAUGAGAUUUCUUCCUAGUUACCAGGCAGUGACGUUGAUGGGCACUGGAAUGUCUCCAACGGACGCUGCCACAGCAGCUAUCAACGCAAUUCGCCGGAAAUACCCGACAUUUAAAGGAGCGGUAGUUGCAGCUAACAAAAACGGGGAGUAUGGUGCUGCGUGUCAUCUUUGGACAAACUUUGCAAUCACUGUAAGGACGCCGGCUCUUCACAACACUACAGUUUUACAUAUAACAUGCUCACAAUACACAAUAAUGUAA